AUGACGAUCGACAUAAAUCUCCUGCGGGAGGAGAAGGGCGGCUGCCCUGCGAAGGUGGCGGAGAGCGAAAGACGGCGAGGGAGGGACCCUUCGCGGGUGGAUCAGCUGGUGGCAGCGGACAAGCGGUGGCGCGAGGCGACGUUCGCGCUGGAGCAGGGCCGCAAGGACUUGAACGCGGUGAACAAGGAGAUCGGGCAGCGCAAAAAGGCGAACUCGAAGGACUCUUGCGAAGAACUGGUGGCGAAGACUGCGGAAAUAAAGGGAAAGCUGCAGUCGCUGGAGGCGGAGGCGGCGGCCGCCGCGCAGACCCGAGACCGGCUGCUGCGGGGAAUCGGCAACCUCGUGCACGACUCCGUCCCCGUGAGCAGCGACGAAGCAGAAAACAAAGUUGUGAGGACUUGGGGGACUCCAAAUAAAGUGAAGAUCGACGGAAGUCCCGGGCGCAUGCACCACCACGAGGUGCUCGCGCGGCUGCAGGGCGCGGACUUCAAGAAGGGAGUCGAAGUCGCUGGCCACAGGGGCUACUACCUCAAGGGGCCCGCAGUAAUGUUGAAUUAUGCUUUAAUUCAAUACGGGCUGAGUUUUUUGGCGAAGAAGGGCUACCUGCCGGUGCAGCCGCCGUACUUCAUCCGGAAGCCGGUGAUGGCCGCGGCUGCGGAGCUGAAGGACUUCGAGGAAACGCUCUACCGCAUCCCCCACGACGCCAGCAGCGCCCAGCAGCAGCAGCAGCAGCAGCAGCAGCAGCAGCAGCAGCAGCAGCAGGAGGCGGAGCGGGACGACAUGUUCCUGAUAGCGACGAGCGAGCAGCCGCUGUGCGCGCUGCACUGGCGCGAGCGGCUGGAGGAGAAGCUGCUGCCGCUGCGCUACGCAGGCAGCAGCACUUGCUUUCGCAAGGAGGCGGGGGCCCACGGCAAGGACUGCUGGGGGCUCUUCCGCGUGCACCAGUUCGAGAAGGUGGAGCAGUUCUGCGUGGCGGCUCCGUCUCAGUCUUGGGAGUUGCACGAGGAGAUGUUGGCCACGGCUGAGGAGUUCUACCAGAGUCUCGAGCUGCCUUACAGAGUAGUGGCUGUCGUUUCGGGGGCUCUUAAUGACGCGGCGGCCAAAAAGUAUGACUUGGAGGGCUGGUUUCCCGGGGCUACGGGGCGUACCGGGAGUUGGGUUGCAGCAACUGCACGGACUACCAGGCGCGGGAGUUCGAGAUCAGGCUCGGCCACAAGAAGGAACCAGCAGCAGCAGCAGCAGCAGCAGCAGCAGCAGCAGCAGCGGAGGCCAAGCCUUUCGUGCAUCUUCUCAACGCCACUCUCGUCGCCACUCAGAGGUGCUUGUGCUGCAUUCUCGAAAACUACCAAACGCCCACCGGCCUCCGAGUCCCCAGGGCCCUCGUGCCUUACAUGGGCGGCCAGGAGUUCCUGCACUACACAGCGGAAGCCGAAGACAGCAAGCGGGAGGCCUAGUGCCUCCCGCUGCUGCUGCUGCUGCUGCUGCUGCUGCUGCUGCUGCUGCAGCUGCUGCAGCUGCUUACGUUCGUCGCCUCCGGGCCUGGUUUCAAACUGCCGCUUUCAACUGCCACUGAACGCUGGGUAG